AUAACUGGGGUUAAAGGAAGGUACAGAGGGGGGAGAUUUGAAACAGGUAGCGGGCACGUGGUUGAUUCGUUUGGUUGUGGCCACCGCGCCACCAUCGGAUCUUGCAAGAUCGGAAAACAAACACACAGGCGCCUCAUCCUCAUCUGGGGUGGGUGGCAUCUCAUUCGGGGUGGUUUGCUUCAUUAUUGUUUCACCCAGGUGCCCAGGUACCUUUAGUGUUUAAUUUUUCUUCCAUCUUUUUUUACUUUGUUUUUGGGGCGGAAAAGCACCAUUAGCGCUAGCUAUGGGUGGGUGGAUGGACCUACAGGGUAGGUCAAAGUGUAUAUAAAGAGGUGUGAUUUUUCGCCGCACCGAACAGUUGAUCGGCUGAGCUGGGUUUGGCACAGUGCCUUUGAACGGUGGGUCCGCAUCCCUAGGGUGGAAAAUUCGAUGCAGUAAGAAGGAAAACAAAGAGCAAGAAUCGUCAACCAGGAUUAAGUGUUAAAAUGUAUGCACUGCACGAAUGGGUGUUACGUUAUUGUGAAACAUGCUGUCAAUAAGACUGUGCAGUUGGAAUAUAAAAUAAGGAAAGAAGUGAUUAAAUAUAAAUUUUUAAGGCAAAGUUAUAAAAAAACGUUAAAUAAUAACAAAACGAAAGUGAAAACAAAAUAUAAAAGUGUGAUAAGCAUAAAACAAAACCAAAAAAAUGAAGUUGAUCGUGUUUGUCAGUGUGGUGCUAAUUCAUCUGCUACCGGUGCAAUCCGAUCAGACCGAUUUUAAUCACAUCAAUUCGGAUGGCUCGUUUGCGUUCGGUCUGAAAAACUCCGACACACCCGGUGCCCACUAUCAUACGGCAAGCGGCAACCCGAAGACGAUCGUACGGGGACGCUACGGAAGCCGCCAACCAGACACGGGGCGCGUCGAGGAAACGAUCUACACCGCUGGACCGCGCGGCUUCCGUGUCCGCGGACCAAAAAUUCAUCGCAAACAAAGCUUAUCCCAAGUGCAGCGUGGACCGAUCGGCACACCGGAGGACCCACUGGCUGACCCGUACGAUGAUCCAAGCUAUGAUUUCCAGUUCAAAACACGAAACUACCAGCGGCGGGAAGGUUCGGAUAGUAAUGGACGUGUGAACGGUCUCUACACGUAUAUCGAUGACGUGGGCGAAAAACACUCGGUACGGUACUCCGCCGGUUCCGGCACUGGCUAUGAGGUAGCCAAUCCCGUCCCGGAUGCACCGAAUACGAUCGCCUACGAAAGUCCACUCUACAAGACGCACAAACAGGUGCGUGGGAAAAUUGCGUUUGAAAACGGCCCAAGUGGUUCCGGCCAGUACAAACUGCUUUCUGUAGGGCCUGAUCAGAGACGAGCGGAAACAACAGGUCCGGAUGGUGUGACGCGCGGUUCCUACUCCUAUCUGGACGAUAAGGGUGUGCAACGAACGGUGCAGUACAUCGCCGGUGCCGGUAUUGGCUACAAAGUAGUACAGAGUACGGUUGGCGCUGGAACGCAUCGAUUACCACAGCCCAACUUCGGCAUAAAUCACGUGGAACAGAGUGAAAUUGGGGACAAUAAUAAUCCCUCGUACCAGACGGCUCCCUCUGGUCCAGCCAGUGAACGUCCCGGUACGUCUGGGGCUGGAUAUGAUCACGUGGCACGUCCCUCAGCUGGUGGAUAUGACGGAGGUGGCUCAAAUCGUCCAACUGCUCCUGGUGGAUCGUACGAUCCUCCAACAGGUCCGUCCGGUGCGGGUAGUAAUUACCCGGACGGAUCUAAGCCAGGAAUACCGGGCUAUCCGGAAAGCAGUCGACCGACGGGCCAAGGAUACGAUGAGGAAGACUUUGACAGCAAGCGUCCAACGACGAGUUCACCAAGCUUACGUCCACCUACAACGGAUCGUCCAACCGCUUUAAGCGAUUCGAGUGAAGCAUCCCGAGAGAAAUAUCCACUUCCGGACGAUCCCUCGGACCAUGAUCUCGGUGGUUAUGGAGAUGAUAGUAUCAUAGGUUUACUUCCACCAAAGUAUGACUAUGAAGCGGCCGGUCCAGUUGGUCCUAGUGGGGCCGAUCAUGAUCACGAUCAAUCACCCCUGUCCGGACCGUUCGAUGUGGCCAUCUCGAGUGGUCCAUCCGGUCCCGCACCGUACCCAAGCUUCGGUGAAUCAGCACCCGGCACGAACGCAUACAAUUCGAACGAUUUUUCCGGCUUUCCAGAGGUAACGUACGAUCAGAAGAAGCUCGAAGACGAUCGCAAGAAGGAUUGGCGUGACUUUGCGAAAGAUUCCACAAUCAUUAAAAACGUAGGCGAUUGGUACGUGGGGCUCGCACCGGGUGCUUCCGUCCGGGCACACAUACAGAACAUUGAUCUGCUACCGUACGGUGGCCGUGCACCGUCGCCUGGUGAUGCAUUGCGGCGCGAUACACAGGCGCAGGCUAAAUCGGGUCACACCGGCGGCAGAAAACCGUACGAUCGGCGUUACAUGCUUAACAGCAUGUCAGGGUGCGUUACUGUAAACUUGCUUAUAAAAACACCCAACGGAAUGAUCGUAACCGACAGUGUUUACAGGUACAGUGAACAAAGCGUGCUAGGGCUCAGUGUUCUUAUCACCAUGGCGUACGUUCAUCCAGCGCUUUCCUGGAUGGUGCUUAUAUUGGUGGUAGUGAUAACGAAGCAAGGAUAUGGUUGGAAUCUUCCAAACACUUAUUACCAAGGAGCGGAUACUGGUGGUUACUUCGGAGGACGUGCCGCAGGUUCUGUGAACAAUCAAGGUCUUGGAGGUGCUGGAUCGUGGAGUGCAGGAGGAGUUGGUAGUAGUGGUGGUGGAGGUUUCCAAGGUCAAACCAGUGGAGGCGCUUCAGGUGGAAUAGAUCGUAGUGUGGGAUUUGGAGCUAACCAGUGGACAGGUGGUGAUGGAAGUAGAGCUCCAGCAGGUGUUGCAGGAGGAGUAUCAACAGUUGGCGAUGGCUUUGGAGCAGAUGGAACAGGUUUUCAGCAGGCAGGAGGUGUUAGUUCUGGAGCUGCCUUAGCGACAGGUUCUGGAGGUAAUGCUGGUUUUAAUAACCAAGCAGGUUUGGGCAUCUUUGGAACAUCCAAAGAUGGGGUUGCUCAAUUUACUCCUCACCAUGCCAAUGGACCAGUUCCUGACACUAAUGCUUUUGUAGGAUCUUUCGGACCAUCCGGAUCAGGAUUUGGAGCUGGUGGACAUUAUCACGGUAGUCGACCGACUACCUCAACCUACGGUGCCCCAUCUUCUCAGCCAUGGCACUAUGGAGCUCCAACCAAUUACGGUGCUUACGGUGCAGCAAGAUGGCCCUGGCACGGUAAUGGUUACGUUUAUCGAGUUCCAGUCGCUCACAUCAAUCCGGACGGAAGUUACAGUUUUUCCUACUACACACCGCACACAUCCCGGGAAGAAACUGGACACAGCAAUGGACAUGUCGAGGGCACGUACGGUUUCCAGAACGAUGGUGCAAAGCACAAUUUUUCCUUCAAUGCUGGCCCGGAUGUAGAUUUGCGGUUAGGUCUUGGUGAUUCCCGAGCAGGUGUUCUUAACCCGGAAGAGUACGGACCACAGUCAGUUCAUUCACGGGCGCGUUUACCGGUAGUGCCACAAACAACCUUCCAGCCAGGUGUGGAUGAACAGACGGCAACAGAUACUGAAGGAAGAACGCAAGUUCCGAACAGCUGGUCCAGCAGAAGUGGUGUUGAUGUAGGUGCAAAUGAUCAAAAUUCCCUUUCCGUUGUUGGAUUACCGAAAGCAUCGACAGAAGCAACUGUUACUACUACCGAUCGCAAUCAGAUAGUGCGAGGAUCAACAGACUCAGUUGGUGUAAACGAGCUGGAAGGACGUGUAUCUCAACCGGACGGAGCGGUAACAACUGUCCCUCCACUAGCGGGAUCAGUAGAACAGGUCGUGACGCGUCCCGAGAAUGAAGUACCCUCCUUCAGUAACGAAAUCGGACAAAAUGAUAUGCAGUACAAUGGUGUAGUGGAUGGUGGUUAUCAUCCGUUUGGAGCAAACACUCCAAAUACCGGUCAGGAUGGUACAGUUUCGCCAGAUAGAUCGUAUCGCUUUGGCUAUCAAACACCAAACGCAGCUCGUGAAGAAGUUGCCGAUCACACGGGUAGCGUUCGUGGAUCGUUUUCGUACAACAAUGAAGCGGGCCGUAAUGAUCUGCAGUACGUUGCCGGAGCUGGAAUGGGCUUUCGUCCCACUGGCGGAAGUUUAUCCGUACCGAAUGGUUUAGCAGGAGCUGGAGCCGUAACCGGUGGUCCUGUUAGUAAUGACAGACGUUAUCAGUUUGCCUAUCGCACCACGGAUUUUGAUCGUGAAGGAUCCACAGACGUAGCUGGCAAUUGGCAAGGAUCAUAUCAGGAUGUGGCAGGUGCUGGUACUGGGUUACAAACACCGGGAGAUAGUCUUUCGGUACCGAACGGGCAACGGGAUGAUGCGAGCACUGGAGUUGGAGGAACUUUUGGAGGAUCUAAUACGGGGCUUGAAGGUAGUGCAGUUACUGGAAACCAAGGGGGACAAGGCGUAGGAGGAUUCUUUGGAGGAUCUGGCAGUGGUUUUGGAGGUACUGGAGUUGCUGGAAACCAAGGAGGACAAGGAGUAGGAGGAUCCUUUGGGGGAUCUGGCAGUGGUUUUGGAGGUAAUAGAGUUACUGGGAACCAAGGAGGACAAGGAGUAGGAGGAGCCUUCGGUAAUUCUGGCUCUGGUUUUGGAGGUACUGAAGUUACUGGAAACCAAGGAGGACAAGGAGUAGGAGGAUUCUUAGGGGGAUCUGGCAAUGGUUUUGGUGGUACUGGAGUUGCUGGAAACCAAGGAGGAAACUUUGGAGGUACUGGUACUGCGUUUGGAGGUACUGGAGUUCCUGGAAACCUAGGUGGACAAGGAAUAGGCGGAAACUUUGGAGGAACUGGCACAGGCUUUGGCGUUGAAAGAGGUGCUGGAGUAGGAGGGAACUUUGGAGGAUCUACUGCAGGGUUUGGAGGUGAUGGAAGAGCUCGUGCCUUUGGAAACCAAGGAACACAAUUCGGUCCGGGAGCAGGAACUGGUGCAGGAAUUGGAAGUGAUGGUAGACCAUUGGCAUUUGGAAAUCAGGGAACACAGCUGGGUGGUGCAGCAGGAACUUCUUUCGCAGGAUUUAACACAGGUUUCGGAGGUGAUGGACGUCCGCUGGCUUCUGGCAAUCAAGGUGCAAGAGGAACCUUUGGAGGUUCCGAUGGAAGAUCGUUUGCAUUUGGCAACCAAGCAGGGCAAGGAUUCCCAUCUUCGGGUGCGGGAUCGACAGUGGGUUUCACCGGAAAUCAGGGAACCACACACAAUCCUGUCACUAGAAGCCCAACGGUGAAUGCUUUCAACGGACCGUCCACGGGGCAAUGGAAUGGUUCACCUACAACAAGGGGUUCUGUAUCAUCUACAGAGGACGAAGUGGAUGAAAGCACCACCAUAAGUGAUGACGAUUCUGAACAAACUACUACGUUCGGAGGUUAUGGAGAUGUAGGUGGUGCAGGGUUGUUUACUAAUGGAAACCGUCGUUUAGUACAGUGAAGAGGUACAAACAUGUAUUUAACGAAUGUUGUGAAAUAAAAUAUAAUUCUUGAAUUCAUAA